AUGUGGCGAUGCCUCCCCACAACUCGACCGUAUCUCCAUGCCGCAUUGGCUCCGGGGUGGAGAGAUAAGUUCCUGGCGUACAAGCGCCUCAAGGUGCUCGUCCGACUCGUCUCCGGCUCCUCGCCGCACCGUGCCGCAGCCGAGGCCGCCUUCGUGCGGCUCCUCAACGACGAGGUCGACAGGUUCAAUGUCUUCUUCCUUGAGCAGGAGGAAGAGUUCAUCAUCCGCCACAGGGAAGUAAGGGAGACGGUGAAGGCGGUGGAAAGCGAGGAGCCGUCGGAGGCGGAGAUGAGGAAGGUGAGGAGAGAGAUCGUGGAUUUGCACGGUGAAAUGGUGCUGCUCCUCAACUACAGCGCCGUCAACUACACAGGGAGCUGAUUUUGAUUUUUCUGAACAUAAUUGGGACACAAUUUGAUGCUACUUUUGGAGAUGCAAAAUCCAGGUGAAAGAAGAAAGAAGAAUUGGAUGACAGACUAUAGAUAUAUGUUUUUCGUCGCCGUUUCUGUUUUUACUUCCAGUGUAUUUGAACAUAUUUUGACAGUAUAGCUUUGCA